UAAAAGACGCUUCUGUACAAACUCACUAUCAACGCUCUUAUCACGCCCUGCAACACGGAAAAGUAGGAAUUAGACGACUUGUUUACGAGUAUGGAGAGAGAGAUGAGUGAAGACAGGAAGCUGUGCGGUUUACUGAACGAGAUGCGAUUGGACGGGUCGCUGUGUGACGCGGUGCUCAGAGUGGACGAAGUGGACUUCAAUGUCCACAAGAACAUCCUCUCGGCGUACAGCCCGUAUUUCAGAGCUCUAUUCACAAGAUGUAGCAAUCUGGAUCAGAGAGUGUACAACAUCACUGGUGUAUCUCCAGAAAUCAUGGAUCUUAUAAUCCACUACAUGUACACGCAGGACAUUCAAGUCACCACCGAUAAAGUGGAGACUCUCUUGGAUGCAGCCAAUCACCUGCUCAUCCAUGACCUUGCACUUGAGCUGCUGUGAAUUCCUAAAGGAUCAUCUAAACCCGGAUAACUGCAUAAGGAUUUGGCAGUACGCUGACGCUAAUGCGUACUAUGAGCUGCGAGAUCAGGUCUACGUGUACACGUUGCAUCACUUUUAGGACAUCAUUUUUUCACAGUCUGGAAAAUUCCUAGAGCUGACCAUGGAGCAGCUCAGUGACAUCCUGGACAAUGAUGAGCUGAACAUCAAGGAGGAGAAAAUAGCCUUCCAAGCUGUAUUCCUGUGGAUCAGGCAUGAUCCCAGCGUCCGAAAGCAGCAAAUAGUGAACCUGCUGCUGAAGGUGAUGAACGGUUGCUUGUAUGUUAUUGGUGGCUGCAAUGAUGAAGGCACAACCUCCAGAUGCGAGUACUACGAUGUGUAUAAAGAUGAGUGGUGGAUCUGGGGUUAUGUAGUUAAGUUUAUCCUAGAAACUUUGUGUGUAUAUUUAUUUUAUUAAACUCAACCCCAGGAUAAAUGUGAUGUUAUGAUGAUAAGUAAACACAGAAACACCAGAAACAUGACAAAAGUUUGAUUUCCUGCAGGUUCAAGAUCCAGAACAUGAACAGUUGCCACAGUGCGGUCAGCUGCUGUGUGGUUUCUGCGCUUCCCAACGUCACAGACUACACCACAAAACGUGAUCUUUUUCUCUAGAUGCACAGCUUUUAUUAUCAAAUAUUU